UCGGCGGAUUUGGCUGUUUGAUGUGUGGAUGUGUGUGUGCAGAAGUGUGUGUGUCGAUGCAUGUUGGUAAAGGAUUUAAUGCCUUUGGUCUGCUGAUGCCCUGAAGACCCCCGGAUGGGCCCCAACACACAGGUGCACCAUGGGCUCCAGAAUAAAGAAAAACCCUGACAAAACGUUCUACUGGUUCUUUCAAGCCUCGUGUCCAAUCGCCAGAGAUAAAGAUCCUGAUGUGCUGUUUCAGUUCCCUGAAGACUUUAAUGAUGAGGAGUCUCGGAAGUCGUUGCCUCGCUUCUGCUUCCCUUAUGACAUAGAGAGGGUGAAGGACAGUGUGGCGGUGCAGCACUUCACAUUCGUCCUGACGGAUCUGGAAGGAUGCCAGCGAUUCGGUUUCUGCAGACUCACGUCUAGCUCGCAGACCUGCCUUUGUAUACUGAGUUAUUUGCCCUGGUUUGAGGUCUUCUACAAACUUCUGAAUAACCUCGCGGAGUGUUCAUCGAAAGGACAGACGAAUGAGAUGACAGAGCUGCUGUCGGCUCUCUACAAGCACCCGGUUCCUCCGGCCAAUGGCUCCAUCACGCUGCAGAUGGGAGCAAAGCUAAUGAUUGGAAGUGAGAUGCCUGGCAUAUGUGGACACGCCCCUAAAGGGGAGGAGUCAGCAGGGAUCCCGUACUUUAUUGCUCCAGAUCCCAAAGCCCUGCCGUCUAUUCCGGAGAGUAGGAACCUGACGGAGCUGGUGGUGGCGGUGGAUGUUGGUAAUCUGCUCCAGCUCUACGCCAGCAUGCUGUUUGAGAGACGGAUCCUCAUUUACUGCAGUAAACUCAGCACGCUGACGGCGUGUGUUCAUGCAUGUAACGGGAUGCUCUUCCCAAUGUACUGGCAACACAUCUUUAUUCCAGUGCUGCCACCUCACCUGCUGGACUACUGCUGUGCACCGAUGCCGUACCUUAUAGGAAUUCACUCCAGUCUGGCAGAGAGGGUGAAGAGUCGCGCUCUGGAGGAUGUGGUCAUUUUAAACAUCGACACCAACACCUUAGAGUCGCCUCAUGAAGACCUGAAAAAGAUACCGGCUGACGUGGUGGCGGGUCUGAAAGUCCGUCUGAAGCGGCAGGCAGCGGCGGCAGGAUCAGGAGUCGCUCAUGCAUUUCUCAGAGCGCAGGCGCUGCUGUUCGGAGGAUACAGAGAUGCUUUACAGGCUCCUGCUGAUGGGCCCGUGGUGUUCUGUACUGAGCUGUUUCUCAAUCAUAAAUCUCCAAGCAUGCGGGAGUUUCUGGAGAGCGCCGUCCAUCUGCAGUGUUUCAAAGAGUUUAUCGACGGGCGUCUGGAAAUGCUGAACGAGGGCAAAGAGCCGAGCGACGUGUUUGAGGAAGAGCUGCUUCAGUGCGGAGCUUCAUCAGGUGGAGCUAAACUGUGUCGGCAGUGGGUGGGAAAUUUAAAGAAAGGCGGAGGAGCUCUGAUUGUGACCUGGAAGUCUACAGCUAACAAAGCAACUAAAUAUCACAGCAAAUUUGGGCUGAAAAACCUGCUGUCCUCAAAGGAUCAGCCAGAGGCCUGUACGCUGCAGAGGGGCGGGUCUGUGUGUGAACCGCACACGUACCGCCUCAUCCAAUCAGACUGCCUUCAGAACCGUCUGCCAAUCACACAGCACUUUGGCAAGUCUCGUCCUCGACGGCCUGCACAGAAACACCAUCGGCAAAAAGAGCAAAAGACACCAGUUAACAACACCACCUAUGAGGACAGCGCAGCAGAUGCUGUAGAUCAGUGUUCUGGCAGCAGUGACGUACAGGAGGAGGAGGAGGAGGAUUUCUCUCUGCUGGCCGAUGCGGAGGAGAUGGACCUGCUGGGCGAGAUCUUCGACACCCUGAGCGCUCAGAGCUCCAGAGAGCCGGGUUUACUGUACGGCACACGCAGCCUCGACCUCUUCCGCUCCGACAGCAGCGAAUUCAUCUCGCAUAAGGGAUUAGCAAACCCAAGCCAGGAGAGCCUGAGUCCGUCUUUUGCAAACAGCGGAAGCCUGAUGAGUUGGGAGGAGGAGUUAGAGGAGGGGCCUGAUGGUGAGGGGGAGGGGCCUGGUGGUGGUGAGGAGGAGGGGACUGUCAAUGAGGAGAAGGGGACUUUCAAUGAGGAGGAGGAGUCUAUCAUAAUGAUUGACGGAUCAGAAAAUGAGCUUAAUGAGUUAGAGAAGGACUUGACAGAGUUGGGGGAAACACUGCGCUCUGAUCUACAAGAUCUAGAAGACGCUUCUGUGGAGAGCUCUCAAGAAGUGCAAGAAAACACACAAGAUUACACACAAAUGAACGGUACAAUGGAGGAAAGCCUGGAUACGGAAACAAUAGCUGAAGAAAGGACUGAGACGCAAACUGACAAAGAAGAGGAAGAGCUUCAAAACGAGACACCUGAUGCAUCAAAUGGACACACGCAUGAAGAAAGCAUCUCUCUCAAAGUAAAGAUAGACCAAAGAGAAGAGCCUGAGGAGAAAAGUGCUGAAGCUCAAUUGCCUAAAGUCUCAUCUACCGUAGCUCUGUUCCAGUCCAAGGUGUUGGUGGACUCUCCAGUUUGCAGAGGGAAGGAAAACUCUCCCAAAUCCCCUCUAAGAAGCUUGAAAAUCAAUGUGGGCUCAGCAAAGGCAAUGCAGAGUGAAGAAGAAUGCACAAAAUCACCAGUUACAUCAAACGCAGAGGAGCAAGAACAGGCUCCUGUUAAAGUCUCAGAGCUGAAGAAGAGAUUCGAACAUUAGAGCAUCAAACAUUACGUAUAUUUUGGUAUAAAAGCAUUUCUCAAUCUGCACAUAUAUAAUAUACUCAAUCUGAAUAUUUUGCAUGUCUUUUAAACAGAGCCAAUUUAGAUGCAUGAACUGUGUUCUCACUGACACAUCCAACACAAGCUCAUUAUUGAUAUGUACCCCUAUAUACAUUUCUAGAGAUCACGAAAUAUCUUCCAGGAGCUGUUUUUUUUUGCAGUUUUUGUUUUCAUGAAUCCACCAGAGGCUGCUGUGUAUACUUUUUCAGAUCUCAAAUUUUUCUCACGAGUGCCAUUUGCACCUGCUGUUCUCGCGUAAAACCACCAGAGGCCGCUGGCGACUAACUGACCAACCGAUACCACCUUGCCUAAACCCAAUCAAUCCGCUUGUUAAGUGUGACAACAAACUCAAACUUUAUGAGGAGAUUCAUCAAAUGGUAAUAAUAAACGUUUACAAAGC